CGCCUGUGAUUGGUCGCCGGGGGCUGGGCUGAUGUGUGAAAGAGUGCUUUGCCAAAGGUGGUGCAGAAGGGAGUAGUCGCGCUAGCAGAGUUUGAGUGGAAAGGCACCAAGUUGCAUUGCCAUCAUGAGCCAAGCAGAGUUUGAUAAAGCUGCAGAAGAAGUUAAGAAGCUGAAGACCCAACCAAUAGAUGAAGAAAUGUUGUUUAUUUACAGUCAUUACAAGCAGGCAACUGUUGGAGAUGUAAAUACAGAACGUCCUGGAAUGCUUGAUUUUAAGGGCAAAGCCAAGUGGGAUGCCUGGAAUAAGUUAAAAGGGAUGUCUAAAGAAGAUGCAAUGAAAGCAUACAUAGAAAAAGUAAAAGAACUACAAGAAAAAUACGGAAUGGAAUAAGAUCCAGCCUGCAUGCCUUAGUGGAAAUAUGCCUGCCUUACUAAUACUGUGGAGAAUGAAACUGAGCAUUACUCAGUGCUGCAGUGCCAAGAAUGGGUGCCAUGUAGCAACUGAUAGCUGUGUAAAUCUACUUCUAACAGUUUAUAGAAUAAAACUGUAGUAUUCCUAA